AUGGACGAACUAGAUGGAGAAAGACAAGAUUUCACGAACGUUGAAACUUUCUCUCAACUUCCAUUCUUCCGUCGUCCUCUCUCCAAAGAUAAGAGCUCUAAACCCAUUCGUCUAUUCGGAAAAUAUUUCACCGGCGGAGAUUACUUCGGUGAAGACCACACAGAUUCCUCCAAGACCUACAAUAAAGAAGAUAAAGAAAAAGAAGAAGAAGACCAAACUGAAGAUAACGGUAAGGACAAUAGCAUGAGCAUCAACAACAGGAGAUUCGAGUGUCACUAUUGUUUUAGAAUCUUCCCUACUUCACAAGCCCUAGGUGGACACCAAAACGCUCACAAACGAGAACGUCAGCUCGCCAAACGUGGUACUUCCUCUUACUUUCAUCAUCCCGACGCUAACCUCUACGGUUACCAUCACUACCCAUCCUGGAGCAGCGGCUCAUUACCGGCCGCUAGGUUCUAUGGAGCUGGACACACUUUAGGCACGUCAUCCUCUUAUGACACACGACCGAUCAAUGGGAGUCCAUUUGGACUAUGGCUUGUACCGCCUUUGUCUUCCAGUGUUAGAGGCAGUUAUAACGCAAACGCAGUGUUUACUAGUCAUCAUGAUUCUUAUAAUAACUCGACUUCACCGUUAUUGACCAGUUCUCAGCCGCAUCCACCGUUACAUGUGGGUGGCUUCGCAGCUCAGGACCGCAUGUCCUCAUACCGGCACGGUUUGGGACUCAGUGUGAAGGAUAAUGUGAGUCUGGAUCUUCAUCUUUAA